UCCUCUAGUUCCCUGCAGCCUCUGGUAUAAAGUAAUCAAAUAGUAAAGUCCAGAGAUUACAAUUACUCAUCUCUUCAUCACCUGUUGUGUAAUUCCAACCAUGAGACUCAUCUUUCAAGCAUGUACAAUGCUCUUCACACUGGGCAACCUGGUGGCUUCUCAGUCACAAUCUCCUGGUUGGAAAAAUGCGAUCAGCACCACAAUAAUCAACUUCAAUAAUGAGAAGAUGCAGAUCACAUGGGCAGCAAGAGAACUAUUUCCUGGAGAGAAUGUGUCAUUUUCUUACACAUUUGAUGAAAGCAAGUACAAAGUUUGGAAACCAUGUCCCACAUAUUUAUUGGAUCAAGAUUAUAAUUCUGGAUGUCUUUUUAAGACAGAAGGACCCACCCUUGCCAUCUCUAUCAGGAAUAACAAUGGAAGUGAAGAGCUUUUUUCUAAAAGACUAAAAUCUGAGUUUUAUAUAAAGCCCAAUCGACCAGAAAAUGUGACCUUCUUCUGGAAUGAUGACACCGUUACUGUAAGCUGUAAUAAACCAGCGAGAGCUGUGAAGUGCUUGAGACUUGAGCUUCAAUACAAAAGCAAGUUUGACAAACAGUGGCAAUCCAGAACUUCUAAGUGUUGCACUGUUGAAGAGCAAGGCUUUGAUUCAAGAAAAUGCUAUUCUUUCCGGGUCAGACUGAAGAGGCUAGUACCCUACUGCAACGUAGUUAAUUACAGCAGUGACUGGGAAGCAGAAACAUUUUGGAUGAAUGGCACCUUGCUAGGUUCAUGUACUGAUGAUAUGAAACCUCAGUCAAACACAGUAAUUGUGUUAAGUUGCAUGCUGGCAGUACUUCUGGUGAUGCUUAUCCUCUUGAUUCUUCUGUGUAAAUGGCAGAGGCUUCAGAAGUCAGUCAUGCCUUCUGUACCAGACCCAAAACACAUAUUUGAUGAUCUCUUCAGUGACCAUAAUGGAAACUUCCAGGAAUGGAUAGACAAAACCAAUCAUGCAGUGGUGCAAACCAAGCUAGAAUAUGAAGAGCCAGAGUGCAUCACUGAGGCAGAAAGCCCACAAGAAGAUGAGAAGAAGAGUAACAAACACGAGCCUCUAGAAAAAACCUUCACUUUUUCGGGAGCACCUGAAAGUAAUGACCCCAAAGAAGCUCAGAUUGCCUGUCUGAUGCCGAAGUCCAACACUAUAGCAUCUUUUGCUGGCUUCCAAAUUUUAAUGAAUGAUGACAUGUAUGUGAUGUUAUAAAAUCCACAUAAUACAGAAAUUAUUAGGAAAUUACAUGAAAGAUCCUGAUAAGCUUAGGAGUGUGGCUAAAUACAAAAAGUUUUCAUGAGUAAAUUUGCAUCAAGAAAGGCUGUACUAUCUGGUUUCAGAUCUGCACUUUCCAGCACUUAAGAUUAUUUGGGUAGGGUUAGUGUUUGAAACAAGCUCCUAAUAAUUUACAGAGUUAAGAUUUAUUGUUCUAAUUGGGGUUUCUUAGACUAAACAGAGCCACAUUUUCCUGCGAUGGACAGGAGAGAACAAGAGCUCCUCUGUAAUAUGGUUCACAGAGCCAAGACUCAGUCCUUGUACUUAUGAAGUAUGUAGAGCAAUGCAAACUGAACUGUUAUUCUUUCCCAAUGAAAGAGAAAUAAAGGGAUUUUUCUGCUAAUGGUCUUUGUCUCAUGAAGACCGGACCAUAAUCUGCUCAUUUGCACAGUGAUAGGAUGCAGUAAUUGAUAGGAUUGCAGUGAUAGGAUACUCUUUAGACUAGAAGUGCUUGCUUUUGUAAGUUGCUUCUCCCACUGUGAUCCCUGUGCUGCACUGCAGGCAUCAGAGGUUUUAUAAAGAGAAAGAAUAAGCCCCAUGUCUAAGAACAGAAGGCUGAGGAUGUACAGCACCUAAUCACAUUUUAUCCUGCAAGUAGGCAGCUUCUUCCACAACAGCAGGGCUUCAUAAGCCUCCUCUGAGAUCAGGACCUCAGCAUCUUACAGUCUUUGUAUGAUUAAGCAACUUCUUCUAGAAGGCUAAAUUUAAUUUUGAUGAAUAUUUAUGUUUAAUUGAGUUGCAUUUAUUUAAAAUUGGGUUUUAGCGCAAUCAGAAGAUGUAGACCCAAAUUAGCACUUAACAUUUGUAUUCCACAUACUGGACUUUUGUUCUCAAAAUAUGUUUUUAAGUUUUCUAAAAAUACUAUCUUUUAAAAAUGCUUAUUUUUAAAUUUUAAAUUAAACAUACUAAUCGAUUACAUUUUAGAAAAAAAUCUUGACUAGUCUGAGUUUCCCUCUAUCCUUUAGGUUACAUGAUAGUUCAAUGCAAAUUUUGUAAAAAAGUUGAAGUGCUAAAAAAUUGAUGAUAUGGGUAAGGUCUUGUAGAUAUGCUGCGAUUAUGUGUUAAAUCAGCUCCAAUUAGUUACCUGUCAUUUACCUAUUUGUUAAUCAUUAAAUUACUUUAUCAGUUGAUUAAGCUUUUCCAAUU